AUGGUGCAUAUUACCAUGGGAUCGUUUGUCGUUGUACAGGUAGCAAGAGUCGUACAUAUAGGUACUUUGGAAGUCGUAAUAGAGCAGUCGUCCUUAAUAGGUGCGACAAUUCUUAUGAUCAUAAAGCAUGGUAACUAUAUUCUGAACGCUGAAAAGCUCAAGUCCCUUUUGAAUGACAUGUCUGAGGACUGGGCAAUCGAUCGAUUGAAACAAGAAUUUUCCAUUAUGACAACAUACGCUAAUAGAGGAAGCAUUCUUGCCAUGUUCUACUUUGUAAACGCGUGUAUAUGCGCAUUCCUUUUCUUACAACUGCCAUGGACAAUGCGUCUGGUACACUUGAUAAAACCACACAAUACAUCGCCACCCAUGUUAUACACUGUACCAGCAUACUAUUUUGUCGAGGAUGACCUCAAAUAUUAUUACUACAUUCAAAUAUAUCUGGGCCUCGCUAUAUAUGUGGUGUUAAUCGUGUUCAUCAGUUGUGACACCUGUUACAUGGUCCUCGUGCAGCAUGCUUGCGGACUGUUGACUGUGGCUGGAUAUCGCUUCAAGAAUGCUAUCAACGAAUUUUCUUUCAAUACGAAGAUUUCUGAAAAGAAGGUGAAGGAGACAUAUGACAGAGUACGCUUCUCUAUACAGGGGCACCAACGGGCAAUAAUGUCAGUAUUAGCCAGCGUCUCUAACUGUUAUAACCAGGGACAGUUAUAA